AUGCCGUCCAACACUCCACCAAUCCCCACUGGCAACUCGGCGCCGCAGUUAUUUCUCAUCUCGCAAAAUGAUGAGAUAUACGAGCAGGAUGUUCUCCGGGAUCAAGGCAAUAUCAAAGCGUGGCUGAACUAUAUUAGCUUCAAACGACAAUAUGGAACACUUCUGGAGCAAUCCUUUGUCCUCGAGCGCGCAUGUCGAGCAUUGCCGCGGAGUUAUAAAUUAUGGAAGAUGUACCUCGAAUUGAGAGUGUUGCAUCUGAAGGGAAAGAGUCCGUCACGAUAUCAGCAGGAGUUUCAAAAAGUGAAUGCGCUGUUCGAAAGAGCCCUGGUGUUGUUGAACAAAAUGCCCGUCAUCUGGACCAUGUACCUGAACUUUCUCUGUCGUCAACCACUCGUCACCUCGACACGCCGCACAUUUAACCGAGCACUUCGAGCACUGCCGUUGACUCAACAUGAUCGUAUCUGGGCACUCUAUCGACCUUUCGCAAACUCGGCGGGCGGUGAGACGGCGGUGAAGAUUUGGAGGCGAUACGUGCAGACCCACCCGGAGCACGUCGAAGAAUACAUCGAACUGCUUGUGCAGGAGGGAAAAUACACAGAGGCUGUACAACGGUACAUUGCUAUUUUGAACAAUCCCAAGUUCAAGUCAAGAGAAGCCCGAGGACCAUUCCAACAUUGGACAGAGAUGCUUGAGAUUUUGAUCGACAAUGCAAAAGUAAUACCGAAUCCAAUCCCAUUUCCCGAUGGCAGCAGUAUGGCCGUCGAGACCAUCAUCCGAUCUGGUCUGGAGAGAUUUCCGGAUCAACGUGGUAUCCUGUGGGUCGGCUUGGCACGAUACUACAUCAAUCUCCGAGCAUUUGAGCGGGCUCGGGACAUUUUUGAAGAAGGCGUCACGACCGUCAUGACCGUGCGGGACUUCUCGAUCGUCUUUGACACAUAUGCCGAUGCAGAGGAAACGUUACUUGAGAUGAAGCUGCAGGAGUCGAAGACCCGACAAGAAAAGAACAAAGUCGACGUUGAUGCAGAUCUGGAUGUGGACAUUCACAUGAUGCGAUUCGAGCAACUCAUGGACCGAAGGCCAUUCCUAGUGAACGAUGUCCUCCUCCGACAAAACCCUCACAAUGUCAUUGAAUGGCAAAAACGCGUUGCGCUGUGGAGCGACAACAAAAACAUGGUUGUGCAAACCUAUGCUGAUGCGAUCGCUGCGAUCAAUCCCAAGAAAGCUGUUGGCCAAUUCUAUGAGCUUUGGACAAAUUAUGCCAAAUUUUACGAAGCGGGUGGUGAUCUGCAAACAGCACGAGUGAUUCUAGACAAAGCUGUCAAGGUCCCAUAUAAGUCGGUAACUGAGCUCGCUGAAAUGUGGACACAAUGGGCUGAGCUUGAACUCCGAAAUGAGAAUUUUGAUCAAGCCGUCGCGGUCAUGUCUAAUGCCACCAAAGCUCCAAAACGAAGCAAUGUGGAUUAUUUCGAUGAGACGCUAUCUCCGCAGCAGCGUUUACACAAGUCAUGGAAGGUAUGGUCAUUCUACGUCGAUCUUGUCGAGUCCGUUUCAUCCCUCGCCGAGACCCGCAAAAUCUACGAACGCAUCUUUGAACUUCGCAUCGCUACUCCGCAAACUGUUGUCAACUACGCCAACCUUCUCGAAGAAAACGGGUACUACGAAGACUCAUUCAAAAUCUACGAGCGCGGCCUUGACAUUUUCUCCUACCCUGUCGCUUUCGAGCUCUGGAAUCUCUAUCUGACCAAAGCCAUGGAUCGCAAGAUCGGCAUCGAGCGACUACGAGAUCUCUUCGAGCAAGCCAUCGACGGCUGCCCCCCACGCUUCGCCAAAACUCUCUACCUCAUGUACGGCGCACUGGAAGAAGAACGCGGCCUCGCCCGCAGCGCUAUGCGUAUUUAUGGCCGCGCUACCCGCGCCGUCGCCGAUGAGGACCGCAGCGAAAUGUUCGAAAUUCUCAUCACUAAAUCGGCCUCUAACAUCGGUCUGACCUCCACCCGCACCAUCUACAUGGACGCCAUCGCCGCCCUCCCCGACAAAGAGGCCGCCGCCAUGUGUGUCAAAUUCGCCGAGAUGGAGCGGCGGCUCGGCGAGAUCGACCGCGCCCGCGCCAUCUACGGCCACGCGAGCCAAUUCUGCGAUCCCCGCGUCCAGCCAGAAUUCUGGCGCAAGUGGGAGGGUUUCGAAGUCGCCCACGGAAACGAGGAUACUUUCAAGGAGAUGCUGCGCGUCAAGAGGAGUGUCGUCGCGCAGUUCAAUACCGACGUUAGUUUCAUCGCUAGUCAGGCCGUUGCCAGACAACAGCAGGCUCAGCAUCAGCAGAAUGGCGAUGGCGGCGAUCUUGGUGGCGAUGGUGCCCCUGCCGAUGAUGCUAUGGCUGCGCUGGAGAGGCAGGCGAGAGCUCCAAUGGGUUUCGUCGCGGCGAGCACCGGCCCGGAGGGAGGACCGAAGAAGGAUAUCCUGCCUCAGGUUGUUGCCCCAGUCAAGAAUGCAGACGAGAUUGAUAUGGACGAUGAAGACUUGUGA